GCACGGAGGCGACUGCUCCGCUCCGAGCACACCGGCGACGGUCAGCCGAGCCUCUAGAGCCCUUCCCUGGGGACGCAGCCGGACAUCCAGAACCCCCCCCCCCCCGGGGCUGCUUGGAUUAGCCGCGUCGGGAGGGUCGUCCGUCUGUCAGACGAGGCCGAGGAGUCUGCGCCUGUGGUCAACCCGCCUCCGGGUCUUGUAGGUCGGCUUUGUUCGGUGUCGGCAGCCCCUGCAGCGCCUCUCCGCCGGCAUGGACCGCUCAGACAAGGAGGUCCGUUCGGAUGAGGAGACCGAGUAUGAGGACGAGGAGGUGGACCCCAGAAUUCAGGGAGAACUGGAGAAACUCAACCAGUCCACAGAAGACAUCAACAGAUGUGAGACCGAAUUGGAGGAUGCAAGACAGAAGUUCCGCUCGGUUCUGGUCGAGGCCACGGUGAAGCUGGAUGAGUUAGUGAAGAAGGUUGGCAAGGCCGUGGAGGAGUCCAAACCCUACUGGGAGGCCCGCAGGAUGGCUAGACAGGCCCAGCUGGAAGCCCAGAAAGCCACCCAGGACUUCCAGAGGGCCACAGAGGUUCUGCGGGCUGCUAAGGAGACCAUCUCCCUGGCUGAGCAGAGGCUCCUGGAGGAGGACAACCGACAGUUUGACUCUGCAUGGCAGGAGAUGCUCAACCACGCCACUCAACGGGUGAUGGAGGCGGAGCAAACCAAGACUAGGAGCGAGCUGGUGCACAAGGACACGGCAGCCAAAUACACAGCGACCAUGAGCCGCAUGAAGCAGCUGGAGAAGAAACUCAAACGUACCAUCAACAAGUCCAAGCCCUACUUUGAGAUGAAGGCAAAGUAUUAUCUGCAGUUAGAGCACCUGAAGAAGAACGUGGACGAGCUUCAGGCCAAGCUGACCCAGGCUAAAGAUGAGUAUAAAACGGCCCUCAGGAACCUGGAGAGGAUUUCUGAUGAGAUCCACGAGCGACGGCGCAGCUGUGCUAUGGGCCCCCGGGAGCGUGGUGUGGGCGCUGAGGGCGACGGCGUCACCGGGGAUGACCUCUCAAGCUUCAAGAUGGAGUCAGACGGUAUUUCCAUGACUUCCUUGUGUUUGGAGGACGAGGCGUGUGGCGGUAUUCUGAUGUCAGAGGAGGACUCUUCGGAGACACGCUCCACCUGCAGCCUGGGCUCCUCCUACCCCAGCAGCCCCCAGGAGCUCCUCUCAGCAUGCCCCUUCACCACCUCCUCUUCCUCCUCCUCCUGCAUCUCCUCCUCUUCGUCACCAUCACCCAGUCCCUGUCCUUCAUCCUCCUCCUCCUCCUGUUCCCCGGCUCCGUCGUUGAGGCCCUGCAGCCUGGACCUGCCCAGCACCGUGUCGCUGUCUGACCUGGGACUCCUGUCCCCUGUGUUGGGGCCACGGAGCGACUGCAGCGGGGCAUCCUCGCCAGAGUGUGACCUGGAGAGAGGGGACCGUGCAGAGGGUGCAGAAGCUCAUUUGGACAACGCUCCCAAUAACAACAACGGCUCCGCUACUGCCAACAGGAAGUCGCUCAGCCUGGAAGGACGAUUCAGCUUCCUCAACCUGCGACGCCCACGCGCUGAUAGCGCUAAAAUCACAGACAGUGACUCCCAGAAGCCCAACCUCAACCAAACCCCCAUCUUUGUCAAUGGAGUUUAA